AUGAAUAGCCAUGCAAACGCUGCCGCCGGACCAUCCCGAUUACCACGUAAACCGGCGCGGCCGUUCGUGUCCUCGGACCAUCGACCAGUCGAAAGAGAUGGUAUCUUCAGAGUGGUACUGAUCACUAGUGGUAGCGUGGCUAGUAUACGAGGUCCGGACAUAGCCGCAGCUCUCUCUUUAUCCGAUGAUUUGGCUGUACAGGUCAUUACUACAAAGCCAGCCAGUCAUUUCUGCAAUCAAGCAAACGUCGACGAGGCUGUCAAUAGAGCCCUUGGAGUGAGAGAAGACCAGAACGAUCGUGAUGAUGUCGGAGUAAGAGUCUGGACAGAUGAAGAUGAAUGGUCUGAUUGGAAGAAAGUUGGAGAUCCCAUCCUACAUAUCGAGCUGCGUCGAUGGGCAGAUCUGGUGGUUGUUGCGCCAUGUUCAGCAAAUACGUUAGCUAAGAUAGCUGGAGGGUUAUGUGAUAAUCUAGCUACAUCCCUUCUUAGGGCUUUAUCACCUGACACACCCGUAAUAAUCUGUCCAGCUAUGAAUACUCAUAUGUAUCAACAUAAAUUUACGUCAAAACAUCUUCGUAUAAUCCAAGAAGAAUUAGAAUAUCUCAUAUUAGGUCCUCAAGGUGCUGGUAAACUUGCGUGUGGUGAUGAAGGACCAGGAAAAAUGACUGAUUGGAGAGAGAUAGUAUACACAAUAGAAAAUUUCGCUUUGAUGCACGAGGCCAAAAUAGCACAAGAACCUGUCAGAAGACGGCCUGUAGCACCCAGCUUAACUUACAGUACAUCACAUCCAUCAAUCAAUGGUAACAGGACCAGUCUUCCAUCAGGGUCAGGAUCAGGAUCAGGAUCAUAUGUACCCAAUGGCCAAUUUGACGGUUCAUCUAGACCACCUACACCUCCAACACCAAACAGGCCCAUAUCGGAUUUGCCUAGUAUUGAUAGUUUAAAAAUUCAAGAAAAAAUUCAAGAUCCUCAAACUGGUCAACCAGGUGAUAGGUUGAAGGACCCAAAAAAGCUGGAUCCGAAGACUGCAAGUUUGGAACAUUGGAAGUCGAUGCAAGAUGAUUAUUGGAAAAUGAGAUGGUGGGCGUGA